AUGGAGGUCAUCCGUAGCUACAAGGACGUGUUCGCCUGGGGUCCCGAGGACAUGUCGGGCCUCAGUCAGGAGGUCAUCACGGACAAACUGGCGGUAGACCCCAAAGCCAAGCCGGUCCAGCAGCGGAAGCGCUACCUCGCCGCAAACAGACGAGAAUUUGUGAAGAAGGAGGUCGACACCCUCCUCGAGAUAGGGCACAUAAGGGAGGUCCUAUACCCGGCAUGGCUCAUGAACGUAGUCCUCGCACCUAAACCACCUACGUGGAGGAUGUGUGUGGACUACAAGGACCUCAACAAGGCAUUCCCCAUGGACCCCUUCUCGCUACCCAACAUAGACCAGCUGGUGGACGAGACGGCGGGAUGCGCGCUCAUGAGCUUCCUAGACGCCUUUCGGGGGUACCACCAAAUCUUCAUGCACGAGGAUGAUGAAGAAAAGACGGCGUUCACCACCCCCGAAUGGGUCCUUUGCUACCGGGUCAUGGCCUACGGGCUCAAGAACUCGGGAGCCACGUACAUAAGAAUGGUGGCCAAGGAAUUCAAGAAGGUCCUCGCCCGGAACCUGCAAGUUUACGUUGACGACAUGAUCGUGAAAAGUACGGAGGCCUCCAUAUAG